AUGGCCGGGAGCUUCUUUAAAACACGCUUUUUCUCCCUAUUCGACUACAAAACGGAAAAAUACAUUGUCGCCAAAAAUAAAAGAGUCGGAGUUUUGUACAGACUUAUUCAGUUAUCUAUCCUCGGUUACAUUAUAGGGUGGGUUUUUGUAAGCAAGAAAGGCUACCAGGAGACAGAUGAGGCCAUCCAGAGCUCUAUUAUAACUAAACUGAAGGGAGUCUCAGUGACUAACACCACUGAGUCUGGUCUGCUGGUGUGGGGACCGGAGGACUACGUCAUCCCGCCACAGGGUGAAGCUGUUCUGUUUGUUGUCACCAAUUUCUUAGAGACGCCAAACCAGAACCUGGGAUACUGUGCAGAGAGUCCCAGAGUGCUGGACGGCCACUGUCAAGAUAAUGAGGACUGUGAAAAGGGGAAGAUGGUUGUGGCUGGUAACGGAAUUAUGAGUGGCAGGUGCUUAAAAAAAGAUGAGAACUCCAGUGGUACCUGUGAAAUCUAUGGUUGGUGUCCCAUUGAAAGAAAAUUCAAACCAAAAGGUCCUCUGCUGACAAAUGCUGAAAACUUCACCAUCUACAUCAAGAACUUCAUCCAGUUUCCCAAAUUCACCUUUUCAAAGUCCAACGUCUUUGAAACAACUGAUGACUCCUACUUGAGUAAAUGCCGAUUUGAUGAGGAGCGUCACCCUUACUGCCCCAUCUUUCGCCUGGGUGACAUCACCAGACGAGCCGGAUACGACUUCAAGGACAUGGCCACAUUUGGUGGCUCCAUUGGCAUUAUGAUACAGUGGGAGUGUGACCUUGACAAAGGCUACGAAUACUGCCAUCCACAGUACCACUUUACUCGUCUGGACGUCAGCGUUGCAAACCACAGCAUCGCAACAGGGUUUAACUUCAGACACACUCGGUAUUUCAAAAAUUCCACUGGUGAGAGCUUUCGAUCCCUAUAUAAAGUCUACGGUGUCCGGUUUAACGUCAUGGUGCACGGAAAGGCGGGGAAGUUCAACAUCAUCCCAACAGCCAUCAAUGUUGGUUCAGGGCUGGCUCUGAUGGGUGCUGGAGCUUUCUUCUGCGACAUGGUCCUUCUCUACCUGAUGAAGAAGGGCGACUCUUAUCGAGAGAGGAAGUUUGAAGGAUCAAAAAGUACAAUAUCAACAUAUAAAGACAACGGUGUGGAAGACAGAGAUGGAGCCACAGAGCAGGAGAAUCUGACAUCUUAGUCUUUUCACCACAUGAGACAAGUUUGUAACACUGUCAGUUAUACUGUUACUGUUUCUGGGCAUAAAGCAGUACCGUAGAACUUAUUCUGUGUUGGAGGGGAACUGUUGCAAAUAAUUUUCUUAUUUUGUCUUUGUGAUAACUAUUUUUUUUUUUUUUUUUACUUUGAAUCGCUUAUUAAGAGAAAUCAUGAACACAGGAUCCAUUAACUAUGAUUUAAGAUGACUAAGACGUUUUUAAUUACAUUGACUGAAACUGGUGUUCUAGCUUACAGACCACUUUUACUGAAGCUUAAGUUGUGUAAUUUUUAAAAGUUUUUUAAGCUCUUUUAAAAUUAAAUAACAUUUGCGUUAUAUAGUGUACUUUAGAUAUUUUAUGUGGGUAAAUAUGAUGACAUUUAGCAAGACGUGCAUUCAGAUUUAAUCUUUUAGCAGUUUUAACUAAAAUUCUAAUUGAAAUAUUAUGAAGGAAAUAGGACUUUUUUAUGGUCAUUACUGUGUAAAGGGUGAACUCUGAUGCUAAAUGGAUAAUAGGACAUUUUUGUAGGUCACAUUUGGUGCCUCACCAUGAAGAUGGUGACUUAGAUGCACUGAUUAUUGUUACCAGGUUUAUAUAUACUGUGUAACUACUUUAAACAUCAAUGUUUAGACCAAAUGUCUCCACAGAGGCCUCACACAGUGGCUUAAUGUUUAUGCCACAUAUCACUAAUGGUGAGGAAAGUCGUUUAUGUUUGUAGAAAUUCUCAUUAAACUAUCAGAGGCCACAGGAUAACACGUGCGAGGUAUUUUUAGUCACAUUAGCAGAGUGACUCUAGGGACUACCUUCAUUUUAUUUAAUCCUGUUUUUUAGUAAUAACAUUGUUCACUGCUUGAUUUGCAGUAAUUUCUAUGAAUGAAACAUACCUCAUAAGUGAAUCAGGCAUUAAGCACCACUUUUCACUGCCACUGUUUCGUGUCGUGCGUCAGUUUACCAACUAAACUUUAAUUUAUUAAUUCAUACAGAGCUCUGCUUGUACCAUAAAUAAAUGCACAAAUAAAGACUUCAUAAAACACAUGAUGUGGUUUAUUGCUUAUUAUAAUUAUAAGAGCUUUGUUGGGCAGUAGAAAACAUUUGCGACACCUUCCACGUGUUUA